AGUUACCACUGGUAUGUAGAGUAGUCUACGCUAGGUGUGCAACAUAUUUGAUGUAACACUUGCACAUGUGGCAUGUUUUCAUUCUGACUGAAAAAGAAAGUGUCAACAGAUUUAUCAACUCGACAAAAGGUUUUUUUAUGAAAGGCUCCGCUAAAAUGUUAUACCCUUCAGAGGGUUGAUAAGAAGGCAAUUUUGUAUCCUGACAAUUAUUUUGUAUUCGUCCAGGAGUUAUACGAUCCAAAGUGCCAUGGAGGAAAAUGUUACAAACGACGGGGCAGCAUUUCCGACGCCAUCACCGACGCUUCCCGUGUUGUACCUCCGGGAGCAACCGCUCCGAUACGCGGCACCCAGCGUCAUGAGUCUGACGCUGCUCAUCGGAGUCUUCGGGAACAUGUGCCUCCUCUAUGUCAAUCUCAGAGGACUAUCAAAAAGGGACAAGUCUCGUGUCGUUUUGGAUGUCUUCCUUGCGAGCAUGGCAGUGAUAGAUCUACUCCUUCUGAUUACUACGGGUCCUUUCUUUGCUAUCGAGUUCGUUCUGGAAAAUUGGCCGUUCGGGGGUCCGGCUUGCCGGUUCCUGCUCCCCUUUAAUCACCUAACGGAGACGGUCGGCGCGUACACGGUCGGCGCCUUGGCCCUGGACGAGUGCCUUGUCAUCGGACUGCCCAAUUCCUAUGCCCCACGACGAGACCUCCGAAAAUCCUUCCUUGCCAACCUGACCAUCUGGCUUACUGCCAUCGUCCUUACGAUACCCGUCACCGCUUACACCAAGAGCGCAGAGACUACCUACCAGGAGUUCUUCUGCACAGUGCACAUGCCUGGCUCUACCCACGGCGUCCAGCUGUACACGUUCCUCGUCAGUUUCUGCAUCCCAGUCGUGCUCACCUUGGGAUGCCUCCUUUGGAUCUUGUACAAAUCCAACGGUAACUUCUGGAGACCUGCCAAGGAUGAGAGUCAGCCGCGCAGCAAGCAGACGCGAACCACGGUCCUACUGAUCGCCUCCCUCAUCGGUGCCCAAGCCCUACUCUGGCUCCCCCAUCACAUAACCUCGUUUGUCCAUCCGGGCAUCUACAGUGACGAGACCACUCGCAGUGAUUUCUUGUCCUACACCGCCGUCGCUUGUUACGCCUACGCCAACUCCGCCAUCAAACCGAUACUAUACGUCUUUCUCUACGAAGACAUUCGGGAUCGCUUCGUUGAGGCCAUCCCUUACGGGAAGGGUAAUGACAUCCAAGGGAUCGGCCGUGGACGCCGCUUGCCAACCACCCCCGUAAGAUACAAGCACGAGAGAGGUAGUAGGGUCGGUAAAGUGCCAUCAGUGACUGCCUCAAUGCACACUAUCCAUGGAUAUCCGUAUGUCAUUGAGGUGAAUGGGGAGGAUGAAGUUGGGAUAAAUGGAAUGGACAGAAGAUGGAGUAUGUAGGACAACUAGCCAUUAAUGUUUCAAAACAUUUCCCUGAACAAUUGUUGGUUUGCUGGUAAUGUUUCACCUCUGAACAUCCAUAUUCAUUCAUAUUAAACUGUUAGAUGAAACAUUGUGUUAACACCGGUGUUUAAAUUAAGACUCUUUAAAUUACAUCAGUACAUAAUGCAUAAUAAUUUUUUGACAGCUUUUGUUUGUUACAAUAUACUUUUAAUGUUUUUCUUAUGCCUAGAUUGAAACAUGAAUCGGAAAGGAAUUCAUUGUAGUGAUCUAUCAAUUAUUCAUGAUCAGAACUUGCAAAAUAUACGCAAACUUAAAGUGAACUGUCAAUCUUUCAAAAUUUCUUAGGCUUGUUAAAACUGCAUAUGUUUAUCUCAAUGUUUGUAGAGUAAUACAAUUUUAAUCCAUUAUUAAUUAUACAGUCAAUUAUUGCCAGUUUUGUCUUAAAGAGCGACAUUACGUUAAUAUGUGCAUAGACCCCUUACGUUUUGCGUCAUGGCAGUGGGCAGGUAUAUGUUUCUGUGUGAUACACUUUAUUAGGUACUUCGUGCUUUCACUGUAACUGAAUUUAAAUAACAAAACCUACCCACUGCCAUGGCGCACAAUGCAAAGGGUCCAUAUAGAGAAAUCUGACGUGCUGUGCUGAAAUCUUUCAUAUGAAUAAAAAGCGUCUAUACGCGAUUGAUUUUAAGAUUCAUGUGACAACGCUUGUCAAAAAAAAUGUAACUUAGAACCAGAUUUACAGAUCUUACAAAACUAUUAAACCGUAACGUUUUCGUUUUCAUUUCUCGCAAGAUUUCGAACAACAACCGCAAACUGGUUAGUCGUUGAAAUAAAUAAAUUGAUACGAUAAAAACAAAGAAAGUCCUUAGUUUUUAGUUAGGAUAAAUAGAUGCC